AUAUACUCCCAGCUAGUAUGGCAACUGAGCAAGGCAGUAAAUCACAGUGGGUUUAAGUGUUCCAUUUGGAAACUAUAGUGGUGGCUUGUCUGUUGGUACUUAGAUAUGGCUUUUGGAAUUAAUUUGUGGAUCGUGUUGCUUUGCUCCAUAUUCUCAGAACAUUUAAGAUCUACUUGUGCUCCACAUGAUGCCCAGAGAUUAAGAGGCUACAUGUAUUCUGGCUCUUCCCAAGUGGAAGAUGAACAGAAACAACCAGGUGACGGCUAUCCUCAGGAUCCAAUCAAACCAACUUUUAGUACUUCAGGAUCUGUCCAGAGUGAUGCUACUCCCAGAGAGACUGGCCCCAACACCCAUAACCAGGAACUAUCCCGCAGAGGCUCUGCUUCAAGCUCUAUCCAGCCUGCCCCAAGAAUGUUAGGCCUCUCUGGAUCUAUAGCCAGUAGAACCUCUGUCAGCCACAACAAGCGUCACACCCGUGCCAGUAUAACCUCAGGCCAAAGUGUCACCAACCCUAGUGCAGUGAAGAUGGUUUCAAAUUGGGAAGCAAAGGGAAUCCAGCCCAAAACCUUUCCAUUACAGCCUCAUUCAAGCAACUCUGGAUCUGUUCAGAAUUUCCUGGGAAGCCAUUUAUUCAAAGCAAACCCCCAGAAUUCUGUGGCACAAAGUGGAAUCUACCAGUCCGUAAGGGAAAUGGCUUCCACCCCUUACCUUCAAGCUCCCUCACGUGGUUCUUCAGGAACUUCACUUAGACCAGGUCCUCUGCAUUUUGGGUCUACUGAAGGUGGGAGUGCAACAAAUGUAUACAAGCCCAGCUUCUCUCAAUAUGUCAAGCCAUACCAGAGUAGAUAUGCCUCCGCCAGUAGUGGUUCAACUUCUAGUCAAUAUGCCCAGAGUAUAGAUGUUGCCUCCAAAAGCAGCAGUAUCCCUAUACUUAGCCUGGGGUCUAGCUCCAGUCUCUUUGCCCCGAGUUCUACGCCUAGUAAAAACUCCUAUGGAACCUACAAGCCUGGCUCUACCCUUGGUGCAACACCACGCCAGAGCAUGUUUACCGCUAACCAGGGUGGCAGUGCUUCAAUCUACAGCCAGAAUGCCCUUGCCGCCAACCAGAAGCCAGGUAGCACUACACCUGCCGACAGCAACCACAGGCAAGUCUCUGGUCAGGUGGGGGACUACCAGCCUAGUUAUGUUGCCAGUAGUGGGCCAAUCUCCAUCCUUUCCAGUUCUAACCAGGGUGGCAGUGCUUCAAUCUACAGCCAGAAUGUCCUUGCCGCCAACCAGAAGCCAAGCAGCACUACACCUGCCGACAGCAACCACAGACAAGUCUCUGGUCAGGUGGGGGACUACCAGCCUAGUUAUGUUGCCAGUAGUGGGCCAAUCUCCAUCCUUUCCAGUUCUAACCAGGGUGGCAGUGCUUCAAUCUACAGCCAGAAUGUCCUUGCCGCCAACCAGAAGCCAAGCAGCACUACACCUGCCGACAGCAACCACAGACAAGUCUCUGGUCAGGUGGGGGACUACCAGCCUAGUUAUGUUGCCAGUAGUGGGCCAAUCUCCAUCCUUUCCAGUUCUAACCAGGGUGGCAGUGCUUCAAUCUACAGCCAGAAUGUCCUUGCCGCCAACCAGAAGCCAAGCAGCAACCACAGGCAAGUCUCUGGUCAGGUGGGGGACUACCAGCCUAGUUAUGUUGCCAGUAGUGGGCCAAUCUCCAUCCUUUCCAGUUCUAACCAGGGUGGCAGUGCUUCAAUCUACAGCCAGAAUGUCCUUGCCGCCAACCAGAAGCCAAGCAGCACUACACCUGCCGACAGCAACCACAGGCAAGUCUCUGGUCAGGUGGGGGACUACCAGCCUAGUUAUGUUGCCAGUAGUGGGCCAAUCUCCAUCCUUUCCAGUUCUAACCAGGGUGGCAGUGCUUCAAUCUACAGCCAGAAUGUCCUUGCCGCCAACCAGAAGCCAAGCAGCAACCACAGGCAAGUCUCUGGUCAGGUGGGGGACUACCAGCCUAGUUAUGUUGCCAGUAGUGGGCCAAUCUCCAUCCUUUCCAGUUCUAACCAGGGUGGCAGUGCUUCAAUCUACAGCCAGAAUGCCCUUGCCGCCAACCAGAAGCCAGGUAGCACUACACCUGCCGACAGCAACCACAGGCAAGUCUCUGGUCAGGUGGGGGACUACCAGCCUAGUUAUGUUGCCAGUAGUGGGCCAAUCUCCAUCCUUUCCAGUUCUAACCAGGGUGGCAGUGCUUCAAUCUACAGCCAGAAUGUCCUUGCCGCCAACCAGAAGCCAAGCAGCACUACACCUGCCGACAGCAACCACAGACAAGUCUCUGGUCAGGUGGGGGACUACCAGCCUAGUUAUGUUGCCAGUAGUGGGCCAAUCUCCAUCCUUUCCAGUUCUAACCAGGGUGGCAGUGCUUCAAUCUACAGCCAGAAUGUCCUUGCCGCCAACCAGAAGCCAAGCAGCACUACACCUGCCGACAGCAACCACAGACAAGUCUCUGGUCAGGUGGGGGACUACCAGCCUAGUUAUGUUGCCAGUAGUGGGCCAAUCUCCAUCCUUUCCAGUUCUAACCAGGGUGGCAGUGCUUCAAUCUACAGCCAGAAUGUCCUUGCCGCCAACCAGAAGCCAAGCAGCACUACACCUGCCGACAGCAACCACAGGCAAGUCUCUGGUCAGGUGGGGGACUACCAGCCUAGUUAUGUUGUCAGUAGUGGGCCAAUCUCUGUCCUUUCCAGUUCUAACCAGGGUGGCAGUGCUUCAAUCUACAGCCAGAAUGUCCUUGCCGCCAACCAGAAGCCAAGCAGCACUACACCUGCCGACAGCAACCACAGGCAAGUCUCUGGUCAGGUGGGGGACUACCAGCCUAGUUAUGUUGCCAGUAGUGGGCCAAUCUCCAUCCUUUCCAGUUCUAACCAGGGUGGCAGUGCUUCAAUCUACAGCCAGAAUGCCCUUGCCGCCAACCAGAAGCCAGGUAGCACUACACCUGCCGACAGCAACCACAGGCAAGUCUCUGGUCAGGUGGGGGACUACCAGCCUAGUUAUGUUGCCAGUAGUGGGCCAAUCUCCAUCCUUUCCAGUUCUAACCAGGGUGGCAGUGCUUCAACCUAUGUCCAGAAACCAAGCAACUCUAAACCUGCCCCCAGGCAAAGCUAUCAGCGCAGCUAUACUCCCAAUGCAUUGAAGUCUAUCCCUAGCUAUGCCAGAGGACCUACCCAGAGCAGGACCAGCAGUACCACACCUCAAAGCGUUGUUCUGGUCUACAUCUACAACAUCCCAGCACGCUACGGUGGCACUCAUAUCCGUCGGCUCAAAGACCGUAUUCAUAGUGGGCGUAGUGCCUCCACUAGCCACUCCAAAACCAGCUCAAGUGUUAACAAGCCACAGCAAAACCACACUCCACCUGCCAAACAGGAGGGUCCCAGCACUCCCUACGUCCAAGUCUCACACUCUACUAGAUGGGAGCCCAGAACAUGACUAAGUGAGAGCUGUAACCACCAGUUGAGGUGCUGAGACCAUGAAGUGAUGCCAGGUGCUGUACUUCAAUGGUUUUAAUAACUAACGUUGAAUCUUAUCCAAGUUCAGUCUCACUGUAUCCAUUAAGUUGUUUUUACUGACAUGUCUGCUUGGUCCAGCAGUACUUUUUGAAUGCUGGCAUUUGUUAAGAUGUUGCAUGACUGGACCUCUACAAUGAGUCUGAAGCUAUGUUGGGCUUAACAUGUGAUGCUUCAUUCACCCCCUGCAGCUGGGGAGACCCAGAGCACACUUCAGGUUCUAAUGCAACUUGACUUAGUUUGUGUACAUCACAACCAUCAGUGGAUUAUAUAUUUUUUUUCCAGAAAUUCAAUCUCAUAUUUAUUUGACCCCUGAUACGUUUUCUUUUAAUGCCAAUGACCAUGACAUUUCUGCUCUUGAUGUCCCCUUAUGAGCCCUACAUUUUGCCUUAAUACCUACCAUAAGCAUGACAAAUGUCUUAUGACUAGGAGUCACACAUGGUUAGAUGGGCAACUCCUGGCCCUAAUUAUGAGACGACAGUAACAGAAUGGCAGUGUUAUUGAGGUAACCCAGAGUCUUGGUUUGUCGCACCUGGAAUUUCACUUUGCAAACCUACCCUGAAUGUCAUUUUUAUUUUUUAUUUUUUUGUGCCUGCUUGACCAAUUUGACUCAAGAUAACUAGGUAGUAUAUUACAUGUAAUUACCCUUGCCACCAGCAAUGUAGGACGCUUCUCUAACACAUCUGUCUGGCGGGUGUCAAUCUGUUAAUGAUAGGCUCAUUAAUGUCCGGUCCUGAUUGAGCAGGAGGAGCCGGUUUGUCAUGAGGCUGUCUGUCCCACUUUCACCCUCUUCUAAUCAGACACAUGGCAUUGCUAAACAACCUAGGUUCAGAUGGUAUUCAGUCAAUCCAAGUCUUCCUCUGUGCUUGGUUGACUGUGCCUGGCUCAGUGGAACCAAUAGAAUAAUCCCUAGAGUACAAACCCAUAUCUGGCAGUCCAGCCAGGCUCAAGCGCAAAGUAUUUGAAAGAUAUCAAAUAGUUUGAUCACAGGUCUGACUAGUUAGCCGUGGAGUCAAGAUUCAGAAUGUUUGCUUACAUUUGAGAUGUUAGGUUAUUGAUGACCUGUUUUACAGCGAGGUGUAUGACGAGCCAGGAGUGGAACAACGAUUUACCCCCGUCUGUCACAGUUAAAUGGAGAGAGAGCGACAC